CAGCUCUCGUCCUCGCAGCGCCCGACGCUCCGCCCGCCCCCUGGCCUGUCUGCCGACGCCGCCGCCGCCGCUGCCGCCGCCGCCGGGCGCAGGUGUAGGGUCGCCUGACAUAAGCCGUCCAUCUGAGCGCCUUUUCAAGAAUAGCGAUAGCGCACCCUCGCCUCUCCACUUGCAGUACUGCCCUCGUCCCAGUCGAGUUGCCAGGCCCGUCCAGGCCCGGCCAGUCCCCGUCUGUCCAGCCAGCUCGGCCAGCUCGGCCAGCUCGUCUGUCCAGCCCGCCGCCAGCCAUAUUAGCGAAAGCGCCCUGCAGCCUUCGGACCGCUCUUGUGCCCGCCGCCAGCCAUCUUCAAUGCACCAUCUCUCUUCUUAGCAUGGCUGCGACCAUCAAGUCCGACCCCUCCAUCGGGGACACACACUUUCAGAACGGCAGUGGCAGCGAUUCCAAGAGUCCUCUUGCCCAGUUUGGCUUCUUCAAGAGCCUGACCGACAAGAAGACGACACGAGAUGGCCAACCGCCAAAGAGACGCGGCCCCAAACCAGACAGCAAGCCGGCCUUGACUCGCAGACAGGAACUGAACCGUCAGGCGCAGAGAACGCAUCGGGAAAGGAAAGAACUAUAUAUCAAGGCGCUCGAGCAGGAGGUCAUUCGUCUCAAGGAUACCUUUGCUGCCACGUCGCACGAACGCGAUGCCUUUGCUGAAGAGAACCGGAGACUCCGAGAGUUGCUCAUGGCGCACGGCAUCUCGUUUGAUCUGUCCAGUCGGCCCUCGAAUGGCCUGGGCCAGGUCGGCAGCUCCACGUACGGAAGUUCGACCGGUAGCGUUUCAGGCUACGGACAAGGCUCAGCCUCGACCGUCUACACGUCGCCACCAACACGCGGAUCGACGUCUCACGACGGCAUGACCCAUCAGUCAAUGGCUUUGCAGCAACAGCAGCAGCAUCAGCAGCAGCAGCAGCAGCAAGCUCAACAGCCCAGCCACCACCAACCCCAAGGCAUGGACUAUGACCAGAUUGGCAUAGACUUCGUUUUAACGCUUGAACGACCGUGUAUGGAUCACAUGCAGUAUCUGAUGGUGCGAGCCCAUGAUGCCGACGAAAACAUCAGCGGCCACGCCCUCAUGGCCACGGCCCCGCCGGAUGCGCACAUUACAAACUGCCCAGAGGAAAAGUAUCCGCACCAGAUGCCCGACGUAAAGAUGCCAGAUCUGAUGAAGCUGCUGGAUCUGAGCAAUCGCCUGCCCCUUGAUGGGGAGAUUACGCCCAUCAUGGCCUGGGCAAAGAUUCUCCAGCACGACAAGCUGCGGGACCUGUCCAAAGAGGAUAUUGAGCUCAUCAAAGGAGAGCUCCUCGCCAAAGUCCGCUGCUACGGAUUCGGCGCCGUGCUCGAGGAAUUUGAAGUCAGGGAUGCUCUGAUGACUGUGCUUGCUGGCAAAUGCGCGAACGGGUCCCCACCCACUGUAUAACGUGCGUUCUCGAGUAACAAAGUAUUGGUUGUAUGUUUUGUAGAUAAUAAUAUAUAAUAUCCUUGG